CUCAGUCUAGGCCCGCGAGCGCGACCGGCCGCGCGAUACCCGCGACGCAAGCGCCCUGGCGCACGCCGCGCGCCGCGCGAAACGCGGCGUAACCUUCCUCGAAUCGACCGAGGUAGGCAACACUGCCGCCGAAACCGAAAUUCAGUGUCAAAAGGUUGGUGAACCCUGAACCCAAAAGUGCACCUAAAACUAACCCCCGAAAUACGAAAUUUGCUCGCCGGCCCCGGUGACAUCUGUUAUUACGGCGUGCGCUCGUAAUUUCCUCGUGCCCCGGUACGCGUACGCGAGUUCUACAUCGCGAUGCAGCGUUGCCCCUACAUCCACGAGAUGAAGGAGCGGCUCCUGACCGUGGACGGCGACUCGCGGGAGAGCCCUCGGGACCCCCGCACCCUCCCCGACCCCCGCGACACGCCCCGCGAGCGCGCCCUGGAGCUUCAAGACUCCCAAGUUGGGACCAUCGUCAAACUGAAUUCCGACGGGUACGGGUCGCACACCUCGCCGGCGCGGGCGCCACUGGUGACCGACGAGUGCGACGCGCCGGAAGAGACCGACGCACUGUCGCCCACCGAUGCCAUUCUGCGGUACCGGGCUUGCUGCCAGCCGGAGACGAAACCCAAAAAUGCCAAAACUUCCCUGUUCAUCAUCUCAAGUUUCAUCUACGCGAAACUUCUGGUGGUGGUUUGCAUCGCCUACGUGAUCAGCGAUGUCAUCACACACAACCUGCCCCUCUACUACUAUGAAGGAUUCUUCACCUACCUCUAUGGCAUGAGCAUAUUGUUUUUGCUGUACGUUUUCUGCUUCCUACUUCAAGAAAGCGCCUGCUGUAGUGGAAGUCCCCCAAAACCCAAGCCUCCCCCAAAAGAGAAAAAACCGAAGAAGGAAAAAGAAAAGAAAACCAAAGAUAAAGACGCGAAAGAAGGAAAAGACGGCAAAGAAGGCAAAGAUGGAAAGAAAGAUGGCAAGAAAGAAGGCAAAGGAAAAGACAAGGACAAGGACGCCGGAAAAGAGAAACCAAGCAAAGAAGCCAAGAAACAAAGUCAAUUCCAGGAGGUGUAUCCCCGUAAGAUGCGUGAUAAAGUUCGUCAACAACAAUUACAGAUUCAAAUGGCGCUGUAUGCGUCAGACCAGCAACAAGAUAUUGUGGAGAUGGAAGCCGGACCAGUGGCCAGACCAGUACGCAGACGGAAGACUUCACAAAAUGAGCAUAGUCAUGGUAGCUUUUUCCUACGAAUUGGAGCUAUCGCUUUCGGCUUGGGUACCAUGAUAUACAACGGCUUAGAAUUCGGAACUUUCUUUGAGCUGCCCCUCGAUUCCCCUUGCUAUCUUAUCUUGAAGGGGGUAAACCCAGUACUGCAGAUGGUUUUCACCUUCAUGCAAAUGUACUUUAUUUUCAUGAACUCUCGAUUGAACAUUCAUCGAUUCAAAGUUAUUGCCCGAUUUGGAUUAAUGCACGUUGUAGCAACUAACAUCUGUGUUUGGAUAAGAACAUUGGUCUUAGAAUCUUUAAAAGAAAUCACCGACUACCAUGUGAGGUAUCCCAAUGGAGUGUCCGGCGAGACAGUUCUUGGAGGGGUCAUUCGUAAGCAUACUUUGAGACACUCUGGGAAAGUGUUUGGAGCUGCUAGCACGGCUGCAACUGCUAUUGCCUCAACGACCGUAAACUCUGCCAAAGCCUUAGGAAAUUCCAUUGGUAUUACUACAACCUCUGCUCCCAUCACGAUUCCGACAACGACGAACAACUCUUCGGAAGUGUUCGAGUCUUUAUACAACCUGCAACCGCAAGCGCUGAUCGCCAACAUCGAUAAUACCACAGUAUGCGGCCGAAUCCCAAUUAUGGGAACCAUCGUUACAGACUCCGCUCCUUACCUUUACCCGUUCAUCAUCGAGUACUCUUUGAUCGGGGCCGCCGUUAUCUACGUCAUGUGGAAGCACAUUGGCCGCUAUCCUAGCGUGGCCAACGACGAAGAUCUGGAAAGACGUCUGGAAGCUGUUCUCUCCCGCAGGGCGGCAGCACUGGCAGCAGCUCAGCGUGGAAACCGCGUCGACUGCGCCGGAGCUUCCAAGGGCCUCUUCUGUGGACUGCUGCUAUUGGUUGCUUCCCUCAUCUGCUUGAUUCUUUUCUUCGUGCUCAUUAGACACCAAGAGCUGAAGCGCAUCUCGAUCUAUUUGGCUGAUGUAUCCCAUUGCGCUCUGAUGGUUUUAUCUAUAUUGGCGAUCUUAAUCGGAUUUAUACGUGGUCGAGUAAUGAGAUGGAGCAAUACCCCCUCCUACACCGAACCUCUCCGCAGGGUGCAAUCGCUGAAGUUCCGCUCCGAAGAACAAUCAGACUUGAAUGACAUCCUGCUGCGCGUGUCUGCCUUCGGUCUCUUCGUGUACGCCGUAUUCAGUGUCAUCGCUGGUGGGAUGGGAGCUUUCACCCAUGAGCCGAAUUUGCUCGUCAUGAUUACUGGAUGCUUAAGUGUGCUUCAGGUGGUGCUCCAACUAUUGUUCAUCGCCGACGUGUCCCGCCGCCGCGUGCACCUUCCUGAGCAGGAGCGUAGCAAGCCGGCGCGCCAGGCCGUCACCUUCCUGCUCAUCUGCAACGUUACCAUGUGGCUCAUCUACACUUUUGAGGCACAGAAAGUACUGGCCAAUCCCGUUCAACUGGACUUUUAUGGCUACGUGGCAUGGUCCCUGGUUCAACGCUUCACUCUGCCACUUUGCAUCUUCCACCGUUUCCACUCAGCUGUAACUCUAGCAGAGAUAUGGAAGACCAGCUACAAAGCGCGCCUGGAGUGAGCGCCAGAACUUACACCAAUGAGCGUAAUGGGUCUCGCAAAAUGAGGGUUUCUUACAUAACUUUCCAUAACUCAAAACCAGGCAUUACUAACAUGAGUUAAGCAGAUGUUUCAAAAUGUUGAACCCUCGAUACAGUAUAAGGAAUGUACAAGUGAGAAUCCAAUCGUCAACAACGUCCUGAAAUAUACUGGGAAACCACUGAUUACGUCCUUAUCCGGGACAGCAAUUAUGUAGUUAGAACGGAAUAAAUUUUAUUGUUAUCAGAAUCAUCCCGCAGAUUAAAAUUCUCAAUUUUAGAAUCGUAUGAAGAAUUUUGCGAAGCUUACAAACUCUUUAUUACUGUAGAGUUAAACUAAUUGCUAUCCCGGCGCAAAUAAACAGAUGUUGAAGGUGAAAAUACCUAGAAAGGGUUUUUUAUAAAUCGUUUAUUUGAACAUUUUAGCAGUUUUUUCGGAUUUUUUUUACAUUCCAUAUAAGUUACAGAUCAUAAUAAAAUUAGGUUUCUUCGAAGACUGACUGUGGAGACUAACGCGACCAAACAUUUUUUACAAUUUGCAUUGCCUACAAUAUUUUUCUUUUGUAGGUACGCACGUUAAUACAAAUUGCUCAUUUUUCGAAUUCAUAUCUUGCGGUUUCUAAAAUUUAAAUAAAAAAACUUUUUUACUAAAUAAUAAGUAAAAUUGAUUGAUCGAAACAAGAUACAUAAUUAUGCAAUUUAUCCCAGUUGUGAAAAGAUCCCUCCUUUGUUAGAAUAAUUUAUGUGCCAUAAUUUUAGGAUUAAGGCUCAAUUAAAAUUUGACAAUAUUUUACAUUUUACCUUCAUUCAUAUUUUGAAAGUAUUUCUUACCUAAGUGAGCAAACAUUUUUUUUAUAUUAUAUCGUUUAGUUCAGAAUUUCCAAUUCUUUCGAUGACGUGCCGCGUUUGUGAAGUCGUAACAAUUUAGAUAUUAAAAAUAAUAUUAACUGCUAUAUUAAAGUUUCAGAAGAUUUAUUAGCCAACAUAAUAGAUUACCUUGAUCAGAUUAUUUGAUGUAAGCGAGUAGAAGUAUAUCGGAAGUUUAAUAUAAAAAUUUCGGAAUAUUUAUAAUCGUAAGCCGGUAGUGACUAGUGGGAAGUAUGUACUUAAUUUUAGGAGUACAUACAGAUAGUAAUGUACUUUUUUCAGCUGCAGUAAACUGCUUUAUACGGAUGAUUUUGGGUAGCUUUGUAAUAUGAUUCAAGUAGACAUUUUUAUUGCAAGGGGCCAUGUGUAAUGUGACAAAUCCACCCUGUAAUUAAGUAUGCCCAUUGGAUCAUAAUUGAAACACCAAUAUUCAAUAAUGAUGAAAUGUACAAACUUCCAAAUGCCCUUUUCCGGAAAUGGUCUCGAUAAAGCAAACAGUCAGGUGAAAGAGGAAAUCUAAAUUACCUUCUUAACGCUCUGGUCUUUUUGUACAUUUAUACCUGAUUUUUCAACUCUUUUAACAGUAUAUGGACCCAUUUCUGGGUUCGACAUGUCAUCAGAAACCAUUUCUUCUACACUUGACUGUCAUAAGAAGGCAAUGGUACAUGCACGUACAAAAUGGCUGAACAACGGCCUUGUUGCAUUAAAAAUGAUCACUGCAGAUAUUUUCGUAACGAUCUUUGUGUGCAAUCUAUUUUUAUAGGCUUACUAAUUUUACAUACGAUAUUAGAUGAUGAUGUUGAAUACGAAACGCGUCGUUUAUACGUGAUAUCAGUUCGAUGUUAUGGAUUUUGUAUAAAAUAGUUAAUAAUUUAUUUAUUUAUAACACAUUUAUUAACUUUGUAAAUUAACUUAAGGUAAACGUAAACCUAAUCACUAUAAGAUCUGGGAGUGUGUGUGCGAAGCGGCGUGGUGUGUAUCUAGUUAGUUUUCGAAUGGUUUUAUUAUAUUUUAAUGUUAAAGUAAAGUUCGUAAUUUAUUACUAAUGCUAAGUAAGUUGAACUGUGAGCCCCUCAGAUAAUUCCCUGAAAGCUUUGGCCUCUGUCAGAGUUUGCGAGCUCAGUGCAACACGAGAGCUAGGCUUGUCUCAUCACUGCCGAUAUUUUAACACUAGGACCUUUGAUAAAUCUAUACUAUUAUCUACUUAUCAACUCGUUCAAUUUUGUAGGUGAUAUUUACUGUGUACCUAAAUGUUUGAAACAGAAGAUGCCGACGUAUAUACGUUAGGUUAGGAUUAACAUUGUAAUCGAACCCACACGUGGAUACUCAAUCAGUGUUGAAUACCUAGAUACCAAAAAUUAAAAUUUGGAAAUUCUACUUUAUAGUAUAUGAGUAAAAAUAAAUGUCUAUUGAAUAAAAUAAAAUAAUAUAUGUGA